UUGAGCUGCCACAUUCUCACAUUCUUUAAUUAAGUUUCAUAUACUCUGAUAAAUAUCCAAAGAUCAAACCAUGGCAACAAACGCGUGCAAAUUCCUUUGCCUCAUUCUCCUUUUUGCCUUCGUCUCCCAAGGAUUUGGGUGUUCUAGAUCCUUUAGUGAUAUAUCACUAAAACAAUCAAAAACCGGAAAAAUGGUCAAGAACACACCAGAGUGGGAAGUGACAUUGACGAACCCUUGUUCCUGCACAGGCACUGACAUAACGUUGACAUGUGACGGUUUCAAAUCGCUCACACCCAUCGACCCUUCGCAGAUAUUGGUAGCCGGUGACGAGUGUUCGCUCAUCAACAAUUUAUAUGGCGAAACUGACUUUGUUUUCAAAUACGUAUGGGCCGAGGAGUUCGAUAUCAAGAUCAAGUCGGGCGAAAUAGCUUGCUCUUAAAUUUUCUGCCCUUGGUUUAAUUUGGUCUUUGUCCAUGUUUGUUUAGUUACUUGAGCUGAUUGAGCAUGUGAAGCUGAUGACCAUUAUUACAUAUAUAUUGUCUUUAUCAUUAAUAAGAUUUAGGCUAAUAAAGAUACUCGUUUUAUUUA